AUGCCAGCGUUCGUGCCCGUGCCCCAACAGUUGCAGAUCCACAUUGCGGACCAGGGGCUUGCCGGCAAUGACUCCGCAUUUGCUGGCCGCUACGAGAGGCAUGCCAAGGCGCCCUCUCAUGCUUCAACAACCGUGCUGUCACAGGUCACUGCAUCGAUGUCAGCUGCCUCCAGCCAUAGGUGGCCGCAAUGCUCGCAGAAACCUGCAAGGCGGGACAAUCUCAUGGACAAGGAUUUGCUGAUUGAGAAGGCCCAGGAGGAGUCUUCAUCCUCACUUGAGUCUUCAUCCUCGCAUGACGAGAACUCGAGCGAGGAGGGCUGUUGCGUGGUCCAUUUUUGA